AUGGAACCACCAAUUGCUCUUAUUAAUCCAUUUCCAAAUGAUGUUCGCAGCGCAUUUAAAGCUUACAUUGAGAGCCCGACUUACACUAACAGAGAGCGCAUUGAAUACACCAAAUGGCGGGAGUUGCACAUCUUACUUGAUAAUCCCGACCGAAAACCGCGGAACCCAGCUGAGUCUCGACUUAAGCACAGGGCUUUCUCUGAAUUUGAACUCAUCAACAAUCGGCUACAUCGCAAGCCAGAUUCCAAGCACCCAGAGCCACGAUAUGUGGUACCUGAGAAUGAAGCUUUUGAUACAAUUGCCAAUCAACAUUUACAACUGCUUCAUGCUGGGAAGAACAAGACUUGCGAAGCAGUGCAGCAAAAGUUUUAUGGCAUAACGCGUGCAGAUGUUGAAUUUAUUAUCAAACGUUGCAAGAACUGUGCACUUAAUCGACCAGCUGCGACGAAGCCUCCGCUAGUUCCCAUUGUUACAACUCGGGCUUGGGAACGUGUUCAAGCUGACCUAAUUGAUAUGCGCCAUGAACCAUCAGGUCAAUACAAGUGGAUACUACACAUCAAGGAUCACUUUUCCAAAUAUACCCAGCUGUAUCCAUUGAAAAGCAAGCACGCAGAGCCUAUUGCACAGGCCUUUACUCGAUUUAUCGCCGCCUUCUUACCUCCCAAGAUUGUUCAAACCGACAAUGGCAAAGAAUUUAAAGGAGCCUUAUUGAUCUUGCUGCGCAAGUAUGGGAUUCAGAUUAUUAACGGACCACCAAGAUCACCUCAAACCCAAGGCUUGGUUGAACAAGCCAAUGGAGUAUAG